AGAGAGAGAGAGAUCUUUAGAGACCUUUCAAAAAGCAAUUUUAGUAGAGUGAUGAGGUGUAAUUUAUGAAAUAAUGGAGACCUCAACUAGUUUGGUGUUAAAUGAGAAUGAGACAAGGCUACAUGUGAAGUGUUUCACAAAGAAAAUUGGCAGGCUUUAUUUGUUUAUUCACCUAACAAAUGCUUAUCAAGCACAUUCCAGAUACUGUUCUAAGCUCUUUUAAACAUUAAUUUAAUUUUUAAUUUCCCAUAACAACACUAUGACGUAUUACCAUUUGACAGAUGGGAAAAAUGAAGCACAGAAGGGGUUAAGUAACUUGCCCCAGGGUCACACAGCUAGUAAGGGUUGAGCAGUAUUGUCCUUCUAGGAAGUAUAGCUCCAGAAUCCAUAGUUUUAUCCACUGCAUUAAGCAGUGACUGAAUAUGGUAGUGAAAGGAGUGGGAAAAUUUUAAGAAAAGAUAGGUUCAUUGAUUAAAAAAUGGAAGGCUCGGAAGGAGAUCCUAAUUGAGAAGGUCUGCCAAAAUGUCUGAAAGAUCAGAUCUCCUUCACUUCAAGUUUGAAAAUUAUGGAGAUUCAAUGUUACAAAAAAUGAACAAAUUAAGAGAAGAGAAUAAAUUUUGUGAUGUUACAGUUCUCAUAGAUGAUAUUGAGGUACAGGGGCAUAAAAUUGUGUUUGCUGCAGGUUCCCCCUUCCUAAGAGACCAGUUUUUACUGAAUGAUUCCAGAGAGGUGAAAAUCUCCAUAUUGCAGAGUUCCGAAGUGGGGAGACAAUUGCUCUUAUCCUGUUAUAGUGGUGUGCUGGAAUUCCCUGAGAUGGAACUGGUCAAUUACUUGACUGCGGCAAGUUUUCUUCAGAUGAGCCACAUUGUAGAGCGGUGCACGCAGGCCUUGUGGAAGUUUAUAAAGCCAAAACAACCAAUGGAUAGUAAAGAGGGAUGUGAACCGCAGAGUGCUUCUCCCCAGUCAAAAGAACAGCAGGGAGAUGCCAGAGGCUCCCCAAAGCAGGAUUCACCUUGUGUUCAUCCAUCUGAAGACAGUAUGGAUAUGGAGGACAGUGAUAUUCAGAUUGUUAAGGUAGAAUCUAUUGGGGAUGUAUCCGAGGUUAGAAAUAAAAAAGAUCAGAACCAGUUUAUUUCUUCUGAACCCACUGCUUUACAUUCAUCAGAGCCCCAGCAUUCCCUGAUAAAUUCAACUGUGGAAAACAGAGUAAGUGAAAUAGAACAAAACCAUCUCCACAAUUAUGCCCUCUCUUACGCAGGCAGUGAUAAUAUCAUCAUGGCCUCAAAAGAUGUCUUUGGGCCUAAUAUUCGAGGUGUAGACAAAGGCCUACAGUGGCAUCACCAGUGUCCAAAGUGUACCAGGGUGUUUCGUCACCUGGAGAACUACGCCAACCAUUUAAAAAUGCACAAACUCUUUAUGUGUCUACUCUGCGGCAAGACUUUUACUCAGAAAGGCAACCUUCAUCGACACAUGCGUGUGCAUGCCGGCAUUAAACCUUUCCAGUGUAAGAUCUGUGGGAAAACCUUUUCUCAGAAGUGUUCCUUACAGGAUCAUCUUAACCUUCACAGUGGAGAUAAGCCCCAUAAGUGUAACUAUUGUGACAUGGUUUUUGCACAUAAGCCAGUUUUGAGGAAACAUCUUAAACAGCUGCAUGGCAAAAACAGCUUUGAUAAUGCCAAUGAAAGAAAUGUGCAAGACCUCACAGUGGAUUUUGAUUCUUUUGCAUGUACAACAGUCACAGACUCUAAAGGGUGUCAGCCACAGCCUGAUGCAACACAGGUCCUGGAUGCAGGUAAACUGGCCCAAGCUGUCUUGAACUUAAGAAAUGAUAGUGCUUGUGUGAAUUGAUUAAGGGCUUUAUGCUCACAACUUAGAAUGGACUGAAAAUGUGGCAAUAGUCUCGAGUCUUUUUAGGAGUGAUUUUGAUAGUCUGACUUCUCCAAAUCCUCUGUGCGGGUUGUAGGGGUGAGUCAAAGCACUAACAGACCAGGCAACUUACCACUUGGAGUGGUCUUGCCUUCCUUUUGCCCUCUUCCAUUUUGUGUUUUGAAUUAUUUAUCCCGUGUUGUCUAUUUUCCUUUCCCAAGGAGUAUUCCAUUUGUCUACCUAACAUUGACUUUGGUCUUAGACUGACACUAUUUUAGGCUUUUCACUGGGCACAUUCUGAAGGUACCAAUAAGUUAAUAACAUCACCUACAGUCCACUAAUAGAUGCUAUGCUAAGAGAAGUGAGUAGUAUUUUUCUUUGGCAAAAAAAUAGGCUAAGAUACAAGGUGAUACUGCUCUUGGCCUGAAUAUGUGAUAGAACUUCUGGUUGCCUACUGUUAAUUGCCUACUGAUAAUGAAUCUGCCUCCUACCAUUUGUACUUGUCUUGCAGCUGCCUAUGAAGUAUUUUGGGUUGUUCUGUACUCUUCAACGGUAUUAUGGCCCAACUUCAUGUCACUGAGUGGUUCACAUAGACCAGAGUAGAGUUUUUUCAGCAACACCUACAGACAGUUAGGGAUCAGCAUGAGGAGCAUAAUUAACAAAGGAUAGAAGUACAAUUGUAUAAUAGCACUUACAUAGGUGGUCUUCCCAGAAAGAAGCCAAAUGCUUAUAAUUAACAUGUAAUUUACUUGUGGAUGCUUUUGAAGUCAGGAUUGCUCCAGGCACACUUAAAAUGUGCUCAAGUAUAAUGGUCUCUCUAAAAAGGGGCUAUUUGGGGGUCCAUCUCCGGACUUUGUUUUAGAGGGCUAGCCAUCAGAAAGGUGAGUUUGGCCUUCACAGUUUUGUCUGGUGUAAUCUCUGAAUUCUCAUUUCUUCCUGUACACUAGUUUCUAAAAUGGAUGAAAAAAGUGGAUCACAGAGGAGCAAUCAGAUUUUUGCAUUCAGAUAUUCCUAUAAAGGUACACAGUCCCACCUUGCCAUGUUUGAUAGAUCACUAAUACAAAAUUGAUCUUCCAAUAUGGAAAAACACAAUUUUUUUCCCCAAGAACACAACUGUGUUUUUCCUGAAGCACAUGUUAUAGUUCAGAAAUAAAAUUUUGAGACUUAGUAGCUUUUGACUCAUCAGUUAGAUUUAGGUAAUAGGAAUCUUAGAGUACUUAGAGAAUCUUAAGAAAUCGUAUACUCCACCUCUUUUAUUUUUUAAGUUGGGGUAUCCAAAGCUCAAAGAGGUGGCCUGGCCAAGAUUGGCCGAAGUAGAGAAGUGACUAAGAAUGAGCUAAUGUCUUCUUAUUUCUCACUAGCUCUUGGCUUAAAAAGAUACAGUACAUGAUCAAGAGUAUAUUAGCAAAAAGCUCCCAGUUUGUGCUUCACUUUUGGGAAUCCCUGUUGGCUUUUUGAGACAGCCCGGAAUUUGCAAACAAAACAUCACAGGAAGGAUGUGUUUUUGUGUUUUUUUUUG